AUGGCAGACACCGAAGCUGCACCUGCGCAAUAUAAGCAACCGAGCCGUAAGGGCAAGAAGGCCUGGCGCAAGAAUGUCGACGUCACGCAGAUUCAGUCUGGCCUCGAGGAUGUGCGAGACCAAAUCAUCCAAGGUGGUGUGAUAGCAGAAAAGACCUCGGACGAACUCUUCGCCGUCGAUACUAUCGGGUCAGCAGACAUCCAAAAAGCAGUCUCCAAGCGACACAAGCCUCUCAAGGUCGACCAGAUCCUUGCACAGCGGUCUGCUGUCCCCGCAGUCGCCGCGCGCAAACGACUGUCAGAGCUCGACAAUGAGGGCAAGAGGAAGAAGGCGAAAAUUUCCGGAAAAGAGUAUGACAGGCUAAGACAGAUUGCGUAUGGAGGAGAGCAGGUUAACAAGGACGUUGUGCAGACAGGCGGUGAUGCGGAUCACGACCCGUGGGCAGUGCAAGAAGUCAAGAAGGACCCCAAGUUUUCAUUCCUUGAGGAGAAAAAGGCAAAACGCGAGCCAGUCACGCUAAAGCACGCGCCUAUCUCGCAAGUAAAGAGUGGCAAGACAGUACCCGCGGUGCGCAAGCCUACCGGCGGCAAAUCAUACAACCCCAAAUUUGAAGACUGGCAAAAUGAGCUCAUGCGUGAGUCUGACAAGGCUGUUGAGACAGAGAAGAAGCGUCUUCAGGAGGCCCAAGAAGAGGCAGAGCGCAUGGAGCGCGCAGCCGCCGAGACUGAAUCUGAUUCGGGAGAGGAAAGUGUCUGGGAGAGCGAGUGGGAGGGCUUUAGCGAGCACGAGGAUGAUAAAUUGAAGAAAAAGAGGCCAGAGAGGAAGUCGCUGUCACAAAGGAACAAGAUCAAGAGGAGAAAAGAAGCAGAGCGAUUAGCAAGACACGAGGCUAAGGUGAAGGCAAAGGAGCAGCAAGUGCAGGAGAUCAAGAAACUCGCAAAGAGCGUCGAGGCCAAGGAGAAGGCAAGAGCCACCGUCCGCGAAGCUUUGGAGAACAAGACCCUCGAUAUUGCAUCAGAUGAUGACGGCGACGAGGAGUUGAAGAGAAGGACAAUCCGCGGCCAGCAUCCUAUCCCCGAGGCACCUCUCGAAGUGGUGCUGCCAGAUGAGCUCCGUGAUUCCCUCCGCCUAUUGAAGCCUGAAGGCAAUCUGCUCAAAGACCGGUUUAGGAGCAUGAUGAUCCGCGGAAAGGUGGAGUCAAGGCGACAGAUUCCUUAUGCUAAGCAGAAGAAGUACACGGAGUCGGAGAAAUGGAGUUACAAGGACUGGGAGCUGCCCAAGGCUAGACAGUAG